AUGACAGGCAGCCCCGUACAGCAACAGCAACCACAACAAGCACAAGCAGAGGCACAGCAACACCAAGAUGAGCCGUCCAUGGUCCUGAGAUAUACAGCAGAAGCUCCUCCGACUUCAGGUACUCUGCGGCAUAUCACCCAAGAGACCGACCUCCGGCAGCUGCAUCAAAGCCAUGAUGAGUACAAGAAAUGGGAGUGGAAACAGUUCAAACGCAAUACGGAGAACCUCAUCAAAUCUUGCAAUGAUCCAACAAAGAAGACAAACACCCCAAAAUGA